CGGCCGCACGGUGGCGUCAGGGCAGCCAGCGGCAGGGCGGGGCGGCGGGCCUGAAGCGACGCCGGGCGCGGGGGCUGAUAAAGCUCCGUCGUUGCUCUUCGCUUCGUGUCUCGUCUCUCCGGCCUCGGGUUCUUUUCGCCUUUUCCGCUCGGAGGCCAUGGACGCGCGGGCUCGUGCGAAGCGCUACGAGAAACUGGACUUCUUGGGGGAAGGGCAGUUUGCUACUGUGUAUAAGGCAAAGGACAAGGUCACGGGGCAGAUCGUUGCUAUCAAAAAGAUUAAAUUGGGACACCGAUCAGAAGCUAAAGAUGGAAUCAACAGAACAGCUCUCAGAGAGAUAAAGUUGUUGCAGGAACUAAGCCAUCUGAAUGUUAUUGGUCUUUUAGAUGCAUUUGGACACAAAUCCAAUAUUAGCUUGGUGUUUGACUUCAUGGAAACAGACCUUGAGGUUAUUAUAAAGGAUACUAGUAUUGUGUUAACACAAGCUCACAUCAAAGCCUACAUGCUGAUGACACUUCAAGGAUUAGAGUAUUUACAUCAACAGUGGAUUCUGCACAGGGAUCUUAAACCAAAUAAUUUGCUGUUAGAUGAAAAUGGUGUUUUGAAAUUGGCUGACUUCGGCUUGGCAAAAUCUUUUGGAAGCCCAAACAGAGUUUACACACACCAAGUAGUAACAAGAUGGUACCGAUCCCCAGAACUACUGUUUGGUGCUAGAAUGUAUGGUGUUGGUGUUGACAUGUGGGCUGUUGGUUGUAUUCUAGCUGAGUUGCUUCUCAGGGUUCCUUUCUUGCCAGGAGACUCUGAUCUUGACCAGUUAACAAGGAUUUUUGAAACACUGGGCACUCCAACAGAAGAACAGUGGCCUGGAAUGACAAGUCUUCCGGAUUACGUCACGUUUAAGUCUUUCCCUGGAAUGCCUCUUCAACAUAUCUUCAGUGCAGCUGGAGAUGAUUUACUUAGUCUUCUACAAGGAUUAUUUACAUUUAAUCCUUGUUCUAGAGUUACAGCCACUCAGGCAUUGAAACAGAAGUAUUUCAGUAAUCGACCAGGACCCACUCCAGGAUAUCUGCUACCCAGACCCAACUGUGCUGCAGAGGCUGUAAAGGAGCAACAACACACACUUUUGAAUUUAAAAAGGAAACGAGGAGAGGGAGUAGAUCAAGAUCUGCUAAUUAGAAGAAAUCUCUAAUACCAUUAAUCUUUUAAUGGAGUGUGGUAUGAUCUACUAAAUGAGAGGCUAUCAGACUUUCUUCUUGUUUUCUCAAGCAAACAAGAAAAUUCUCUAUGAGUUAAUAAACUUCAUAUCACUUAGAAAAAAGAAGGGAGAAAUAAGAAAUAAAUAUGGUAUUUCUUUUAUGUGAUAGAUUAAAGAAUGUAAGUCAAAUUUAGAGGGAAUUCUGCUAUCUCAUUUGGACUAGGCAAAUGAACUGUUAAGACCAUGCAGGGUAAGGAAGAUCUCAGUACAUUACAGUGAUCCUUUUAAGAAGCAAGCCUGUCCCCUAACAUUUACUUCCAUAUGGAACCUCCAGUUUUCCUCAAACAGUGGUACAUACUUCAUACCCUCAUAGCAAGAAAAGGUUUGUGGACUCAGCAGCUGUAUGUGACACUAAACUAGUCAGCCCUUGUAGCAGAGAGGCAAACAUUAAUUCUUGAGCUUGGAAUCUGUCAUCUUGGCAGCAGGAAUUUGCUAGAUAGUAGCAAUUAGAUUAGAUUAAUAGCUAUAUAGUAGGUUAAUACCAGUUUUGUUUUUACCAGGAUGAGGCUGUUUCAAUACAAGAGUGUGAUAUCUUGCUGGAACAGAAAUGCUUCCAUGAAACUGCAUUUCCUCAUGAGCUCAGAUGGACAACUAAAUUAUUUAAGUUCAUCUUACUGUUCAAGCACUUUGACCCGCUGUGUUAGAUUAUGUCAAAUUACAAGUAAAACGCAUUAGCUCUGAUGCUAACCUCCACGCAAUCCCAGCCCAGAUAACAACACUUGUCAGCACCCCUCCUUCUGCACCCCUACCCGGCACAGUGGCACGAGAGACGCACGCCAUAGGGUGUAGCUCAGUGCCCAUUUAUUGCUGCACAGCAGCCGCCUGUAUACCUGACACAUGACCGCCCCGUGACCUGUUAAGCACCACCCAGAACCACCCCCUGUAGCUACCACCCACCGAAGCCCAAGUGCCACCCACACCAAGCACUGCCCACAAGCUCAUUGGCUUAAUUUUUCUUUGAAUUAGAAUCUUUAAUCUGUUCACGAUUUGCUGCCCUCAGUACCACGGGUCAGCUGACGUGGGAAUUUGUCAAGUACCAUAGGUAAUUCAUUAAAGUAAUUAGUUGAAGCUUUUUAUCUCUUGCACCUAACACCAUGUGUCUGCAAUUAACAUUUUGAGGUCCAUGUCCCUAGAAUAUACAGUUAGCUAAACAACAGGAAAGAGAAAAAAAUGCUUCUGAGUUUUGCAGUCUUGCAAAAAAAAAAUCUUGAAAUCUUGCAUUUGUCAGUGAGCAGAGUUUCCAGAGCUGUAUCAGAACAUGCUUUAACAUCUUUACAAAAGUCUGAUCUUCAGUAAGGGGAAAUCAGAUUUCUGCCUCAGACUUUGGACAAGGCUAGGACUUCAGAGUUUAGAUAUAAAUAAGGCAUUUAGGAAUUCAGCGUUACUUUUUGAGAUAUUUUAUUGUCAGCAUGAAAAGUAGCAUCACUUGCUUCAAGUGCUUGUUGAAACAUGUCAGAAAAUUAUGUUGUGUUGCUGGUGGAACCUGAAUGUAUCAAAAGUGUAGAUCUUAAUAGCCCCAACCAGCUUAGAAAGAGAGAACCAGUGUUACAGCCAACAGAUCUGCUCUCCUGGAUUUGGUCUGAUACCCUUAUAUGGCACAGUCUUCUGAAGUUAAAAUGAAGCGAAUAUUGGAAGAACCAGUCUUUUUUAAGAGUGCAGCAUCUUUUUACUGCUGUUGAAAGUAGAAAUGUGCAAAAAUCAUUUUGAAGUGAGUAAUCCCUUGAAAUUCUCAGGCUUGUAUGUGCUUGUUCUUGCACAGCAUCUUCCCCAGCCGGGUUGAGGUAGCACUGCAGAAACUGAGUAGCUUAAACUGGGAAGCGGUCAGUGUCCUCUUGUAAAACCUUGUCAUCAGAAACUGGCUGCUAAGAGUGCACUUAUGCCAUCCCCAUGAAGUGCUGCUUUUUCACAAGAAGAUUGCCUUGGGGAGUGCUCACUAAAUUUAAAUGUGCAGCAGCUGUACUUUUCAAAAAAAAGCUAUUGCCAAGGGAGAACUAGCAGUACAUGAAUGAGAGCCUGUAAAAAAGUAUUAUACAUAAUUGCUGGCUACUGCUGCCACUUAUUUCUAAUCAGUAAGGUAGGUGGAGGCACUGAUGUCCACUGAUUGUUCACCUUUUCCACUCUGGAAAACAAUCAAAUGGAGCACUUCUUCUUCAGGAUGCAAACUUCCAGUCCUGUUAAUUUGCAUUUCUACAGAGCUGUAAGCUCAUAAAAUUGAGAAUACAGAAUACAGCAGUGAUCUCUUUCCUAAGAUAGUACAGAUCUUAGAUUAGGCAGGUUUCCUGUGCUAUUCUACACUGGCUUGGAAAAAAAACCAACAGCCUAUUAAUGUCUCAAGGCGCUUCUGUAAUUUGGGUGUUUGCUUAAGGUUUGUGGGAAUGAUUCAUUGUUAAUUUCUAUUAGAGGACUCUUGCUUGUAGGACAUGUAAAAAUUGUUGGAUCCUUCUAUGGAAAACUUUGUAUCCGUUCCAGAAGGCAGCUGUGGUUUAUUCUAUCAAGAUUAUAAAUAAGCAGUACAUGAAUAAAUUAGAGGACAGGAGGUGCAUUAUGCUAAUGCAGAAGUGCUGCUGCCCUCAUUUCUGCAGUUGAUACUAACAGAAAUGUGGUUGAAGGUAAGUCACAGACUUAAAGAGCUGUUACCUCCUAAAGACAGUUCUGCUGGGUACUGACUGUGUGUGAAAAAGAUCACUCAUCAUUACCCCUUUACUGUGCUAACAAUGUGAUUUACACUUUUCAGGACUACCAAAAAAAUUGAUUUUUUGAUUGCUGUGGAUGGUGGAUGAAAAUGAGAGCUCGAGUGACCUGAGUCCCAACCAUGAAAAACUCUGUAAUAGUCACUGGAUGGUUAUUUUUAGAAUAUAUUAAUACGUAAAACGUGUACGUAAUAUUUUAUUAAUACAACUGAAGUUUUUAAUUUUUUUUUAAAUAAAAUGCUGCUUAAAAAGCAA